UUAUAUAGCAACCCACUAACGCAGCUGUCAGAUUAAUAGGUGCGGCCAUGUUGAUCUGUAGCGAAUAAAAUAGAAUCAUUUUGCUUUUAGGGAAUAAAAAUUGACACAAUAUGCCCAAAUGCGACCUCAAAACGAGAUACAUCCCUGCGACCUUCGCCUGGACCUUGCUUUUGGGCACGACGUCACUAUUUUUUUAUUUUCCAUGCCAGUACUAUCUACAAAGACACCCAUGGGUCCCGGCGUAUCAAGGUGUCAUAACGUUUUUUGUUUUGGCCAAUUUUACAUUGGCCACUUUCAUGGACCCGGGAGUUAUACCAAAAGCUCCACCUGACGAGGACCGCGAAGACGACUUCCGAGCUCCUCUAUAUCGCAGCGUGGAAAUAAAUGGAAUAACUGUACGAAUGAAAUGGUGCGUCACGUGCAAGUUCUACAGGCCGCCGCGCUGCUCGCACUGUUCUGUGUGCAAUCAUUGCAUAGAGACAUUUGACCACCACUGCCCCUGGGUGAACAACUGCAUAGGGCGCCGUAACUAUAGGUUCUUCUUCUUCUUCCUAAUAUCGCUCUCCAUACACAUGCUGAGCAUAUUCGGACUCAGUCUGUACUUCAUCAUGAACAACAACGGCCGCACUUUGACCGAAGUCGAGCCUAUUGUGUCAAUGGUGAUAAUGGGCGUGAUAGCCCUCCUAGCGAUCCCGAUAUUCGGGCUGACAGGGUUCCACAUGGUGCUGGUGUCGCGAGGCCGCACCACCAACGAGCAGGUCACGGGCAAGUUCACCGGCGGCUACAACCCCUUCUCGAAGGGCUGCUGGUACAACUGCUGCUAUACGCAGUUCGGCCCGCAAUAUCCUAGCCUAGUCCGCCCAUCGAAAUACGUAUACAAGGGCAAGAAGCGUCGCGAGCUCCGACCGCCCUCCGACUCGGGCAUAUCAACAAUCGCGACCGACACGCACCAGGUAAAGACGUACACGGCCGACAACGGGACGGCGCACCGCGUGGUCGGCGCGCACGCGCACUAUAACAAGCUGUCCCCCGGGCGCGAGGAGCCCUCGUGCGAGAUGGAAGGGCCGGGCGCGUCGCAGUCGGCGGACUGCGAGCCCACGCCGCCGCCGAUGCAGCGCCGCGGCUCCGGCGCCAACCUGUUCCCGCCCGCCGACCACCACCUGCCGCCGCGACACCACUACCCGCGGCUCAGCCCGCUCUCUAGGAACACGAGCCACGGCAACACAACAACCGGCUACCGCGUAGUGAUGGAACCCCUCCGCUACGACAGCGGCGCGAACGGCGCGCGGCCCUCGCCCACCAUGCAACAGCGCAUCAAGUCGCUCGGAGUGGCAACGCCGCUCGCCGUAAGCAGUCCUGUGCGGAGGUCCAACCCGGGCACGCCCACCGCGCCGCGCCGCCCCGACUUCAUCGGCGUCGGGCGCGCCGCCUCGCCGCAGCGCCGCUUCCUGUCCGAGGGCGAGCUGCUGCGCGAGGCGCCGGCGCCGCCGCCGCACCCGCACCGCCCCACGGCCGACGACAUCCGCGAGCUGGCCGCGUCGCCGCAGCGCGGCAACUACCUGUGGGCCGAGCGGCCCGCGCACGCGCCCCGCGGCGGCGUGCCCGUGUUCCCGCCCGCGCCCUCGCCGCUGCCCCGCCGCCGGCCCGCGGGCGCCCCGGCCGCCCCGGCCGCCCCGGCCGCCCGCCCGCUCUCCUUCGUGCGCGCGCUCGAGGUGCAGGACCAGCUCGAGGCGCGCGCGCCGCCGCCCGACCCGCCCGACCGCGCCUCCGUCUACGACUGCAACUACGAGAUAUCCGUUUGAGACGCCCGAACUUUUAAAGAGACGUUAUGUGUUCAACGUUCCGAUGUUACCUUAGCGCGUGGCGAUGCGACUCGGUUUUACGUUCUCGGCCCCCGCGGUAUCGGACGUUCGGUCCGACUAGUGCUCCGGGAGCGGCCCGCACGGUCGCAUGUGAUUCCAAAGAACGUGUUUGUUAUUUUUUGUUUAAUGUUGUAACGCACAAUGAUCACCGAUAUUGACCAUGGAAAACCUAGAAAACCUACGUGUAAAUUUAGAUAUUCGAAUUUGAAACUAUUGGAGAAUAUCAGGCCGCCGGUCAGCAUUUUGUGUCCUCAUGCCAUAGAGUAGGUCCGCGGUGAGGAGUGAUUGUAACGUUACUAUAUAGUCAAUAGCGAUUAAAUGUAAGACUCGGGUUAUUGCUCGUAAGGUGUAAUUAGAGUUUUAUAUGUAUGUAUAUUUGUGAGCGAUUUGUAUUGUUGAAUUAUAUUUAACUUUGUUGACAGAGCAUGUACAUAGUCCCCCCCAGUGUUGUGAUUCCGAGAUGACAAUUAUAGAACUAUAUAGAAAUUGUAUCGACAAUUUGUGUGUCUCAAUUAUUCUGUAUAAAAUAUAUUUAUAAAAAAUAAGAUUUCUUUGAGCUGUUGUAUGUUUUUCCUUUAGGUUUAAUGUACGACAAGGAGACACGUGGUUACGGAAUUGACUGAUUUGAUACUGCUUCAAUUUUAUUAGUUUUGAAAACUCUGUACAGACUUGAUCUGUUACUUCUGUUGCUCAGCGACUACAUAAUUUGACACAAAUUACAAAACUCAGUAUUGAUGUAGCACUUACACGUAACACUAGGAAUCCACAAUCACAUAGCACUGACACAUUAGACACGUAAAGAAGUAAAAGAUUGACUCUGGUAAUGUAUGUGCCAAAUAUUCCGUAGACACAUAGCUUAGCGCGCAAUCUGUUACUGGAAACUUCAUUUUUCGUAGAAUAUUUGUGGCAGUUAUGAUCGUGAUCUUAACCAUAUCGCCUAGUUUAAAGUACUACUUAUACACUGGAUUAACAACACAUUGAUAUAUUAAUAUCCUUCCUUACUGUAUAAAAAAUCCUGGUCACGGCACCAAAUUGUACGGCGCUCCGCUGUACAUAGCGGAGCACUAUACAAAUGGAUAGCGCUGUCUCCCUUACACAUCAAAGCGGUAUUCGGGUCCACAUCAGUGCGAUAACCGCGUAAACGAACAUUUAUAGAGUUUGUAGUCUGUUAUCUGCCACAGGUAGAUUAAUUAUCGCAUAUAAAUUCUCAUUUACUUUUUGGUUAGAUGACUUAUUAGGUCAAUCAAAGCAGCGCCGGAGUAUCCCACAAUUAAACUGAAUUCAUAUUUCAUAGCCAACAUCGCUUUACACCUUUUUAUUUUGAUUGACGGAGCUUAUAUGAAUAUAUAAGUGAACAUGGCAUGCUAUUGUAAAGCAACAGAUAUUGACUAUUUUAUGCGAUGUCGUUAAAAAUAAAUUUUAACUAUCGACUAAGGUGUAUAUCGUUUGAUACUGAAAAUCUGAAUAUUACAACUGUUUUACAGGACUGUAUUAAGAUGGCAUCUAUCAGAAUAUCUCAUUGUGUUUAUUAUAAAUGUACUUAUGUGUAUUUGUUCGAUACAACUCGCUCUGAGGACUAAACAUAAGUAAAAAGGUCACACUCAGAGUUUAACACCGUACACCCUUUAACCAACUAUGAAAGGUGUUAUACGUGUUUUCUAAGAGAGGAUAAAAUGUUCUCAAUGAUCUCGAUUUUCUAAUUUUUCGUCCUUAUAACGCAAUACUUAGAUUUUUAUUAUAGAGAAUUCAUAUACAGACAUAUUUUCUUCUUACGAUAUGUAUCUUAAUUACACGUGCGCUAUAGCUAGGUAAAUUGUAUAUCUACACGUAAAUGUAAUCAAAAUGUCACAUCAGUGGCCGAGAUUAUUGUUUGUGUACAUAAUAUCAUAUAUUUAUAUAAUGACAUUCUAAAAAUUCAAGCAGACUCAAACAGGCUGAUACUCAAAAAAAGAACUGCUACAAUUCUUUAGGAAACUAUUAUAUAGUUCAGCUUGAGUUGAGACUGCUUUGUAUGUGGUUAUUUUAAAGGAAAGGUGACCUUAAGGCUUGAGAUACUAACAUCUCUUCUAUUUGUAUUAUCUCAACUUGGUAAUAAGAAUUGGCGCGUUAGGGUCAUUUUUGCGUAUCCACGUAUUGUACAGAAACCGUAUGUCUUAUAAUUUAUUAAGAUUAAGUAUGUAAAUAUCCUGCAAUGUAAAACAGUACUAAGAAUAAUUUUGUAUAGAAUGUGUAAUAGCAUUUGUGAAUAACUAUGUUUGAUCGUAAUCACUGUUUCUUCCUUAUUUAUUCGGUGCCAGUAACCUGUUUUUUUCCUGAACAUAUCAGAUGUGUUAAGGUCGCUGCAUACUCAACGUGAUUUCAAGACAAAUCACGUUUCCUAUGCUGCCUUAAGUAUGUAGCGUAGCGUGUGUAAAUUAUUGCCAAACAGUGCUUAGAUCGUGAACGGCCUACACUUGAAAAAGUAUCAUUAAUUUCAUAUUAACUGACAUUGUAUUAUAGAGACAACAUUCCGAUUUUCAUUUAUUUAUAUCACAUCCACUGAUAGGUUUUUCUUCAUCCAUUUCGUGAAUUAAGAAACUCGUCGGAGUAAACUCAUAUUGAGUGUUUUUUAUUAUUAUUAUCACCAAUUGUCUAUAGUGUCCAAGAAAAAGGGGGAGUGCUAAUUAUCAACCUUCCUUUUAGACUGAAAAAAGAGUACCUUUUUUAUGAGAACGUCGUUUUCCAAGAGUCAGAGAUGGGAUUGAGCCUUACACUGCCAUAUUAUUUUGGCCUAACCCUUCUGCGGUUGACCAAUGGAUGAAGAAACCUAUUUUGUGUUCAUGUAGUUAGCAAAACAUGCAGUUUUUCGAACCUACAUAGGAUUAAUGUGUUGGUAAACUCUGAUCACCACAGAGUCACUAUGCUCUGCCCAGCGAAUCGUGAUUCAUUACAGCGGCUUUUACGAAAAGUACUGACAUGGAUUCUUGUGUUGUUAGGUAAAAUAAAUUGAUUAUUAAUAUAUUUAGGUCUAACUCAUACCAUGGGAUAUGAUGUCAGGGCCAUAGAUUACUACAUAGAAUAACUAGUUUUUGUAUAUCUUCAGCUGCUUUGUAUUUUGCGAUUGGCUGGACGGAUCUUACCGCAUACAUGUCAAAUUCAAGAGCAUCGAAUACGAAUGUUUUCAUACAAAAUUACAUUUUUUUUCUCUGCUCAUGAGUGACCGAUUGUGGUGGUUGAAAUCGAAAAUGAAAAAUAAAUGAAUUGGCUAGCGUUUUUGACGGUGCGUACUUAAAUUAUAUUAUUGAAUUGUUUGAAACCGUACUGUAUAAUAGUUACAAAUUAGUUAUUACAAAUGGGUUUUUAAAGAUGUUUAUGUCCAAGGGAAUAAAUAGUACCUCGAGCAAGUCCAAACGGUAGGUUAGUCAAAUGCAGUUAGAGUGGUAAAGGAUUACAUGGUGAUUUGUUUUUAAGAAGGUAAAGUAUUAAUUUACAUUUUAGUUUGUUUAAACAGAGUUAUUCAAUGUUAACCGAAUGUCUAAUAGUGUUAGAAAGAUGAGCCUUCGGGUGCCUAAAUAAUAAAAGUGGCUAAUAAUAUAAAAAUGUUUUAGCGGUUUUAACUAAUCUCGUUUAAGUUCAGAACAUCAUGUCCAACUAUUUUCGAGUCUUAGUACGAGAUAUUUAAUUAAAAAGAUAUUACAUCCUUUACGAGCCCAUAGUUUUAGCAAUAACUAGGUUGCGAAACCUUAGUAGUUAAAACGUAUGUCGCCGUACAGUCAGCGUCAAAUACUUCGUAGCAACCAAAGUAGCCAAAUAGUUCGGUACACCAUAUAUUUAGUAUGGUGUACCGAACUAUUUGGCCACUUUGACUGCUACGAAGUAUUUGACGCUGACUGUACAACGCAAUUGUUUAAGGUUCCGUACCCAAAGGGUAAAACGGGCCACUAUUACUAAGACUCCGUUGUUCGUCCGUCCGUCGGUCACCAGGCUGUAUCUCAUGAACCGUGAUAGCUAGACAGUUGAAAUUUUCACAUGUGAUGUAUUUCUGUUGCCGCAAAUACUAAAAAGUACGGAAUCCUCGGUGGGCGUGUCCGACUCGCACCUGUUCCGUUUUUUUUUCUCAGUUGUCAAUACUGCCGCUACUUGACCUCACACAGUUUACAAAUGUACAGAAUCAAAUAAAGACAAUUAGAUGUAGGUAACAAUAGGCGGUCUUAUCGCUUAAGAGCGAUCUCUUCCGGACAUGCAGACUUACAUAUAUAUAAUCACGCCUAUUUUCCGCAGAGGUAGGCAGAGACCACGGAGUUCCACUUACUACGAUCCUGAGUAUCCUGACAUACCUCUUUCGCUUCCCUAACUGUCAUAACAUUCCUCAUAUACGUUCGCCAGUUUAGGGUGCUCUUGACCUGGCCUUUCUUCAGGACAACCUAGAUAAGAGUUUUUUUUUGGCGUCCAGUGGCUUUUCCCAGAAAAUCCAAAUAUAUUCCAAUUAAUUCAGCUUUGAUGAUUGAUUUAAAGAGAAAAUCAUAUUUUCUGAAAGUGCAAUCUAAUUUGAACCUUAAAUCUGAAUUUUAAAGUUGAAACUCUAUUGGCGCGUAAAUCGUACUACACCUGGAAAAGGUUUAAGGCCAAACCACACAGCACACUUAUGCAGCAUGUUUGCGGAUCUCUGCCUAAAAAUCUGCUUGCGUAGCAUACAGUCGCCAUCAGAUAUAUCGGAGCGCCCAAUGUGCUCACAAAUAUCUGAACACGCCCCUAUUUAUUAAGGUGCUAGAGUGCGUGUUAAGAUAUUUUUGGGCACCUCGGCUGCUCUAUAUAUCUGAUAGCGACUGUACUAUUACCAAAUACGGACCUACAGACUAUCUAUGCUAUUAUGCAGUAUGAGUCGCCCAACUUUCUUCAAACAUUGCUUAUAUUUAUGGGGAAAUGAUCUCUACCGAAUAACUCUGUUUAUAUCAGACUAAAUGUUUAGGUUAUCUGACAUUGUUUUUUUUUUCCCGAACUCGACGUGUUCUGAACACUGACAGCUGUGCUGCAACACAUUUAUUUAAGACUAAUGUGUAUUUAGAACCUCCUGAAGUCGUUGAAACCUAAUAUGUAUGUGACAGUGUUUUAUUUUUGUAUUUUGAUAAAAUUUGUGUAAAUAAUUUUCUUAUUUUAUUGAUAUUAAACUCAAUUUAAUCA